AUGUCAUUGCCAAAAGCCGACGUUCCAGCUCUGAAACCAGUUUUGUUCUUCGACCUCGACAUCGCAGAGGCACAGCCUAUCUUCAAGAACAAGGCCAGAGCGUACACCAAGGUGGACGUUCUUGGGGGCACCAUCAAGUCGCUCGACCCCACGCUGCCCUUCGAUGCCAAGGUCAUCAGCGGCUUCGAUAACAUCAGCGGCUACGAGACGGCUCCUUCGGUCGGCAAUCUCGACUGCACCUUGUACGUGGAUCUGGGAAACAACAACAAGGGCAUUGUCCAGUACCUUGGCGUGGUGAGGUUUGAAGGAGAGACAAACAGAGUGCUCGGCAAGGAGACAACCAACAUCAGUUUUUCGGACGGCUACGUCACGUGCCAGCCUCGGUUCGAGCUCGACGGCAACGCGUCCAAGGAGACGUGGGUGCACAAUCACAUCUUCGUCGGCAAGGGCCGUUUCCACAGAGACGCAGACGGCGCUCUCAAGGUCCAGUACUACGUCUACACUUUUAAGGAGUAA